CUGACGCUCAGUCGUCUUUUGUCCCCGCAUUCAAAGAUGUUAGCUCUUACGUUGUUGAUGUUCGGCGCCACAUUGCCAGCGAAUUACGUCCCCAACAACAACCUGAUUUUUGGAGAAAACAGAAGACAAGAUUACAUGUUAUUUCAUCCCUAUCCGUACAGCCCAGCUCGAUUCAGACGUCCAACGUGGAUGGGACAGUCCCAACCGAGAAGGCACUCUGAAGUGGAAGACGAUCCAAGUAGCAAAGCUCUUACUGGAUAUUUCGAUAAAUUAUCUGUGCUUCAAAAUCGGAUUCAUUCGAGUAGCAAAAAAAUGCUUUUGAGAAUGAGAAAUGUAAAUCCGUUAUCCAGUUUUAUGCCUUGCACUUCAACGCGCGGAAAUUUGAGGUUCGAAACCGGAGUUUGUCUUCUCGCUCCAGUCUGUUCGUUGUAUGGAGGCCGGCCAAUGAUGGACGAUUCUUGUCGAAUGGGAUUGACGUGUUGCGUUAAUGAGAUUCCCAGUUGUGGUCAGUUGGUUACAUUCAAUAACACGUACUGGCAAUCACCUAAUAAAAUCAAUUCGGAAAGCAGUUGCAGUUUGACCGUUAAAUUAGACGAAUAUCUCGUGGAACAAAGGAAACCCAUUUGUCAACUACGAUUAGAUUUUUUAACGUUUUCAAUCGCCCAACCGAAUGCAGAAACUGUUUGCGAUGUGGACAACUUUAAAGUGAUUGGAGCAACCAAUAAAGUACCGAUAAUUUGUGGUGAAAAUCACGGACAACACAUGUAUCUGAUGCUUCCGCGUAGUCCCACAACCGUAGUGUUGCAAAUAGCCCUCGGUAGUUCUACAACACAUCCAGUUUGGAGAAUCAAGAUUUCUAUGCUUCCAUGUGACUCUGAAUUAUUAGCUCCUGAAGGUUGUUUGCAGUAUUUUACAUCGCCAUCGGGAAUAAUCACAACGUUUAAUUGGAAAGACACGUCAGGUAGAACAACAAGGCAACUUGCUAAUCAAGAUUAUUACAUUUGUUUUAGGACAGAAACCGUACGAAAACAAUCAAGUUCUCAAAUCGCUACGAUGAUGUGUCUAUCACAAUGCCAUGUGGCCAACGGUCUUUCAUUCAGCCUCUCCGGAGAUGUGGAAGAGACUAGCCAAAGAGCUGGAGCAAGAUCUUGUAGUAACGAUUACAUCGUCUUUCCUGGAGGAUUCAGUUUGCCACCGAGUGUUCCAGUAAAUCAACGAGAUCGUUAUUGUGGGACUCUUCUUUCUCAAGCUGAAUCGUCUACCGUGUCUCAAACUAUUUGCAGUACUGCCAAGCCUUUUCGGUUGCUUUAUCGAACAAACGGUGACGAAAGAGUUUCCAGGAUGAAAGAUACCAAUCCGCUUUUAGGCAAUCAAGGUUUCUGUUUGAAUUUUGAACAGAAAUCAUCGUAGGCUGCCAGAAGAAAAAACCAUGUCAGUUGCCACUCAUUAAUGAAUAGGAUUUCUCCGAAAGCUUUUUAAACAAUUUAACGCACAUAACAUGUAAUGUCGAUUA